GCAAAAGCGUCUUAUAUUAUGAUACAUAAGGAGUACGUGAUACAAACAUCACUCUCAAACCGGCAAAACCUCCACAAAAUUCUCUCAACCAGACAAACGGCAUCGCCUCCCGCACCAGCACUCUAUCGUGCCGUCACUAUACAAGGCCACUGGCCAACCUCCUGCCUGAGCACACCACCCAGUACUGUACGUACUAUCGCAGGUCAAACAACCAUGCAGAGCGAGGUUUGGCUGCUAUGGGCAACGCUCGCCGCUGCGCUCCUCUACUACCUGACCGCAGCCCGCCGCGGGGGCACCGGGGGGCGGCAGCCUCCGGGCCCGACGCCGCUCCCGGUCCUCGGCAACCUGCUCGAUGUAGGGGGCAAUCUGCACCACACGCUGGCGCGCCUGGCCCGCGCCCACGGCCCCUUUAUGAAGCUCAAGCUGGGCCUGGUCACCACCGUGGUGGUCUCCUCCCGUGACGCCGCGCGGGAGGCCUACACCAGGUACGACCGCCACCUGGCCGCGCGCGCGGCCCCGAACGCCGCCAACGCGGUUGGCAACUCCGGGUGGUCCAUGAUCUGGCUGCCCAGCUCUGACCCGCUCUCGAAGACGCUGCGCGGCAUCGUGGCCUCGCACAUAUUCUCACCGCGUGGCCUCACCACGGCGCGCGGCGUGCGCGAGCGCAAGGUGCACGACAUGGCGGGCUACUUCCGCCGCCGUGCGGGGGAGGAGGUGGACGACAGGCAGGCCGUGUACGGCAGCGUGCUGAACCUCGUGUCCAGCGCCUUCUUCUCUGUCGACGUGGCGGACGUGGGCGGCGAGUCCGCCAGUGGGCUGCGGGAGGUCGUGGAGGACAUCAUCGCGGCGUUCGCCAAACCCAACAUCUCCGACAUCUUCCCUUUCCUUCGGCCGCUCGACCUGCAGGGCUGGUGUCGCUGGGCAGGCGCCCGCUACCAGAAGGUCUUUGGCAUACUUGACGGCAUAAUCGACCGCCGUCUUGCAGAUGCCCAGACGUCCACGGGCGAGCACGCGCAUGGCAACUUCCUGGACUCGCUGCUGGAGCUCGUUUCUGCGGGCAAGAUUGGUCGCGACAAGGUGACGGUCAUACUGUUCGACGUGUUCGCGGCCGGGACCGACAUGAUGGCCAUCACGGUGGAGUGGGCGAUGGCCGAGCUACUUCGGCACCCGCGCGCCAUGGCCAAGGUGCACGCGGAGAUGGAGGACAUCCUCGGAGGCAAGGACACGGACACCCUCGAGGAGCCCGACGCGGCGAACCUGCCGUACCUGCAGGCCGUGGUGAAGGAGGUGAUGCGGCUGCACCCGGUGGUGCCGAUCAUGCUACCGCACCAGGUGGCGGAGGACGGCAUGGAGAUCGGCGGCUUCGCGGUGCCCAAGGGCUCCAUGGUGAUCUUCAAUGUGUGGGCGAUCAUGCGGGACCCGGCAGCGUGGGAGAGGCCCGACGAGUUCGUACCAGAGAGGUUCCUGGACAAGGCCACGGCGGUGGACUUCCGUGGCAAGGACUACGAGUUCAUCCCGUUCGGGUCCGGCCGACGGCUGUGCCCUGGCCUACCGACGGCGGAGCGGGUCGUGCCGUUCGUGCUGGUGUCGAUGCUGCACGGGUCCGAGUGGCGGCUCUCGGACGGCGUGUGGGCCGACGAGCUGGACAUGACCGAGAAGUUCACCACCGUCAGCACGCUCACCGUGCCCCUCAGGGCCGUCCCCAUUGUGGUAAACUAGCUAGUUUUUUAGAACGAAACCUAGCUAGCUUCUAACCUUAUGUAUGCAUGCAAUCUUAUCUUGUAUCAUGCGGACGAGAAGCGCCUGCUUUACACUAUAUCGGAAAUCACGAGGUCUACACUAGCUGUUCAUGAAAAUUCAGUAGCCAUCGGUCAUCUGUGGCCGCUUUGGAUUUCCUGCCACUCGCCACUGCCUCAUCUGAUAUGUCGUCAAUAGGUUGGUUAAUAGCACAUCACAUCGCUCUAGAUCUUACAAGAUUUGGUGGAGUGUGUCACUCUCUAAGUUUCUUUAUCGAAAUUCAUUGGUGCGGUUAACUAUAUUAUUAUGAUUGAUGCCCCGAACGCA